UAUUUAUGACAUGAGUACAGUUUGAUUUCCUGAAUUGAAAUGGUACAGACCUUAAUCACAGUUGUAAUUAAUUCAAUUGCAAUAGUAAUCAUGAAAUCCUGGCUAACCAGAGAUCAAAUAAACACUUAAAAAAGUGAGUCUAAAGGGUAAAACUUUUAUGGAACAGGUUUAAGCUACUAUGCCCUCUUCUGUCCAUUAUUUAGUGUUCCCCUAUCCCCCUCUCAGGGAGCCUGCGAGCCAACCUCUUUCCACUGAAGGUGUGUGCCUGUGAGUUUCUCAGAGUGUGUGUGGUGUCAGUCUGGUAUACGUUUUGGCAGGCACACACACACACAGAGUCAAAGUGGAGUACAGUGCACUCUCUCUCAUUUUCCCUGCUUAUUCUGUUAGACUUGUUUGGUGGACCAUUGGAGAGCAUCAGAGACGCCCACAGCUUAGAGUGAGUGCCAUAAAUCCCAUUCAGCAGUGUGAGCAGCCAGCAGGUUCUCCACCACGCAUCUGGAGGCAAAAAUACUUCAGCUGAGAUUGGCUUACUGAUUGCUGGACAUUCUACAUUUGGAUAUACCGUUGUUCAGCCAAGAGCUAAUGUGAUCCAGACAUGGUUUAGUUGGAACUUGGCUAUAUGUAUGGGGUACAGCAAAAUGGCCAUGAGAUGCAAUACACAUUGAGCUACUCUGCUGGAGUACAUAUGAGGGUCUGCACAGUUUUGUGGAUGAGCAUGAUGCUGAGGCAGUGGAGUUUUGCUGUGCUCUUACUAAGCAUCCCUCUACCUGUCCAAGGGCAACCCAUACAUGCUCUCAGCAACAGAAUGAGACGGUCAGUGAGUCAAGCCCAACUUAUGCAUGACCGAGGGCGCUAUCUGCAGGACAGGAAGAGACGACUCUGGCUGCAGGAGCUUUUUGAACAGGUACACACUGCCAAUGUGUGGGAAGCGCCAUCCAGCAGUGGAGCCAACCUCCAGCAUGUAACCUGGGGUGCCCAAGCUCCCAAAGCUGCCGCCAGCACCAAAGACUUUCUUCUGGACUUUCAGUUAGAGAGCACAGGCACAAUCGACACCCUGCCACAGGAGACCAACAAAGAGCAGCCAGCUACCACUAAGAGAAAGAAGAGAGUAUGUUUGGGGAAGUGGAGAGAGAGCAAUAAACGAAGAGGAUGGCCAUGCUCAAUACAAGUAGCGUUAAGAGCUCACUAAGCAGGGCAACUGGCAGUAAGUGAGGAGACGACUGUGAAACGAAGCAAUGAUGCUAUCAAACACUCUGGAUCAUGGCCUCUAAACCUCUUUACCAUAGAUUAGUGUCUCUCAUCAGCAUAAAACACAGUGUCUCAUAAGUAUAAUUCAUUGUCCCAUGCACUGUCUGACUCACAGUUACAUACAUUUACUAUUUAGUCUUUAAGGAAUACUGUUAUUUUUACUGGAAAGGUGAAUCUGAUUAUACAGUAAAAAGUCUGUAUUUUCAUUCAUUCAUUCUUCUUCAGUAACCGCUUUAUCCUGGUCAGGGUCCCAGUGGAUCCGGAGCCUAUCCAGGGAAUGCGAGGUGGAAAAAAACUAACGGGACGCCGGUCCAUCACUGGGUACCAUGCACACACAUUAACAUAUAGGAGCAAUUUAUCCUAACCAAUCUGCCUUUGGGAAUGUUUCUGGGAGGUGGGAGGAAAUCUGAGAAUCCGGAUAAAACCCACACAGACACAAGGGGAACAUGCAAAACUCUUCACAGACAGUAACCUGAGCUCAGGAUCAAACCAGGGACCCCUGAGCUGUGAGGCAACGACAAUACCCGCUAUGCUACUGUGCCAUCUGCUAUAAGGCCAUAUUGAUAUGAUAAAAAGUCUUAUGCAUUUUUCAUGUACUACACUAAUCAACCAUAUUUCUUUUUAUUUAUUUGAUUAGAACUGUGUAUUUAUUCUGUAAAGGUAUCACAAU